UGCCGCUUAAUCGGUGUCUAAUUCGAUGCAUCCGAUGUAUAUCAGCAUGGCUUGGUUUCCGUGUUUCCGUACGCUUAGCGUGACACAUGAUUAAAUUAAUCGUUGAAAAUUAAUUCGAUCGUGAGGGCUCCACUUGCAAGCCCUUGCUGUCGUACGUUGAGUACGGAUAAAUGUGUGAACGAAAGGUCGAUGAUCUCUCCAAAGAAGUUGCGAACAAAAAGUCCACUGCAUUUAAAAUGCGAACGAUUCUUACUUAUGCACCCGACUUGUCACCUCUGUGAGGCACAGGAAGAAGACAUGUAAUAAAUUAUGACCGUUGGGGUAAACGACAAACAAAAAACAUACGAUUUCAUAUUCCGACACCCAAACGUGAUCCGCAGAAGCUAACAAGAAGGGCAUAUAUAGCAUGCCACCAGAGUAUUGAAAACAAACAAGAUGCAUGCGUAGACGAAACUUGAAGUUGUAUAAAUCAUAAAAGAUGAUAGGAACGACAACCAAAUGCGUCAUCCAUGGAAUUUUAGACUUAAUCCAUAUUGCGACGGGUUCCUCGAACAAGCCAGGCAGCAAACGACAAGUGAAAAGCAACAAUGCGUAAAUUCAUUAAUAUGCACGACAUACAAAUCCCAAUGGAACGGACGGAAGGCAUCGAUGAUUGAGUCGUCCGCGGUCCAAGUGAAGGAAGCCAACAACCAUUUAAUAUGAUCAGUUUCGUCGCGGGCCAAAAGUCAUCAAUCACAAUUGAUAAAUUCGAAGAAAUGGUACCGUAGUUUGAGAGAAAAUUGAUCUUUCGGUAUUUACUUUUCCAGAGAAUAUUUGCAAAUUAGUCAAACAAAGCUAAACACUUUGAAACUUGAAAUAAUUUUAAAAGUACCAUUCGAUAUGUAUAUUAUAUAGCACAAAUCUAUAUGGUACUCUGUUAAAAUAACUGUAAAUAAAGUGCCCUCACUGAUAUCAGGAUGACCAUUCCAAAUUCAUUGAUCAAAUUCUCACCUGAUAACGGUAGCAAUGAUUCCAUAAUGGAACAAAGGCAGGAAGAUUUUUUUUCCAAUAUUAAAUCAGUCACAGGCAAACUAAAACGCUCAAAGUAUACAAUGCUGUUAGCACAUUCUACGAUCCAUUCUACUUGCAUUGAUUGAACAGUUGUUGUCUCAUUCAUUAAAAUAAUGCAAGACAGCAAGCCUGUACAAACAAACCAAUAAACCGCAGCAAUGCUUCGCUGAUAACUACUGCUCUAUCAGAUCAGUUCCACAAAUGACUCAGUUCAUUCAAUACAUACAUUCAUCAUGGUGCAUCGCUUAGUUCUAAUCUUUCUAGCAAUUGCAUGCAGUUCUGCUACUGCUUCAAACAAAUCGAUAUUCGAUCAGCCACACAAUAAACCCAUUUCAUCGAGAUUCGUGUCGAUUCGAAAAGCAUCCAACCAUGCCCAUCUCUGCUGGGCCAUCAAAGUGGCCCCGACGGCAUUUGCCACCAGCUGGGAUUGUCUGGAAGGGUAUAGAAAAACUCAAAUUACGAUGGUCUACGGUGACAUUGAGCCAACGAAGAACGAUCGCCAGAUUUUGGAGAAGAAAAUAGUAAAGCUUGCCCGCAAAUGUCGUCACAGUAUUGAAAACAUUGCUCUUCUGGUGCAAAAUAAACAGUCGCUGUUGUUUGAAACAGUUUUGAACUACGUUACCUCCUAUGGAAUGCUUGGCUAUGAUUCGAAGUGCAAGGAAUGUAGGAUACUGAAAAUUCAAAGGAGAUUCCGUUGUCCAGUUAAAAACAUCGCUAUUGUUUACAACAACUGUAUUGAGCACGUACAAUUUUCAUGAUUAUUACUUGUGGUAAAACUCUGUUUAUCUGGUGGAGUUUCAAUAUGGAA